UGAAAAUCAAGCUUUAAAGAUGCGUAUUUAUUUCAGAUGUUUGAUUGUCCAAUUUGUCGGUAUGGAUAUUUCUGCAGGAUACGACGAUAUAUCGGCACAUAAACCAACAAAACAAGGCCUCGAUGAUCAAAUAUUAGAUGUGGCCCAAAAUGUUGUAGACAGAUCUCUAUCCACAUGUACUACUACUGCUUACUCUAAUCCAGCAUGGUGGUAUGUGGAUCUCGAAAAGGUCAAAAGUAUUUAUGACGUAGAAAUUUAUUUCAGGCUUUAUGAUACCAGACUUGAACAACGACAGAGAGAGCGUAUGUAUGGAUACAAACUCUACAUUUCUAACAGUACAGACUUCAGUCUCCUACAAGAGGCUUACUUGUGUUACAAUCAUACAGGACCAGAUUUACCCGAUCUUAACGUUACACAUGUAUGUGUUUCGUUUGGACGAUAUGUAAUUUUCUACAACGAAAGAGUUCCUGGUGUGACGUAUCCAGGCAAUCAGCAAUAUACAUACUCACAACUGUGUGAAGUUAUAGUACAAGGUUGUGAAAGGGACGAUGCUUAUGGAAAUCUCUGUAAUGAAACCUGUCCUACAAAUUGCCAAGAGAGAAGGUGUUACAUAACUAAUGGUACUUGUUCUGGAUGUAUUGACGGCUGGACUGGGGAAAAGUGUCUUGAUGGUAACAUAUUACUUACACCUCUGAUGUUUUUCUGCCAACCAGAAUUCCCUCCGUUUUCCGCCGUUGCCAUCUUGUCUGUCUUACUGAACAAACUCUAG